ACUGACACAGCACAGAUGUGACAGCUUUUGUCUUUCACCCACAUUUACCUGCAUGUUCCCCAAAUACACUGCAGGUCACUGAAGAGAUGGAUCUUUGCAGGACUGGGGUCACUGUCCUGGUGAAACUGACACUGAAGGAUGAGGACUAUAGUUCUGCUGUUUGUCGUGGGAUUGUGCGUGUUGAACGUUGCAUCUUCCCUGAAAAUCUGCGCGUUCAAUGUUCAGAGCUUUGGGGAAUCAAAGGCGAGCAACAAGAAGGUCAUGGGGAUUCUACUAAAGAUUCUUUCUCGGUGUGACUUGUGUCUGAUUCAGGAGGUCCGAGAUGCUAAAGGAGAAGCAAUACAAACUUUGAUGAAGGAACUUAACAGAUUUGACAAAUCCAACUCAUACUCCCAUCUGGAAAGUAAAAGGCUCGGGAGGAAGACCUACAAGGAGCAGUAUGUCUACAUUUACAGGAACAAUGUGCUGAAGGUCAAAGAGCAUUAUCAGUAUCCCAAACAAGAAGCAGAUGGGAUCAAUGACACUGACGUUUUCUCCAGAGAGCCAUUCAUUGUUCGCUUUCACUCCCCGACUACAUUGGUGAAGGAUUUUGUCCUAAUCGGGCAGCACACAUGUCCCAGAAAUGCCAUGAAGGAGAUCGACCAACUUUACACUGUCUUUAAAGGAAUUCACAAGAUGUGGAAGACUGACAAUGUGAUGAUCUUAGGUGACCUCAACGCCGGCUGCAGCUACGUCACCAUCAAGGGCUGGAGAGCUGUACGCCUGAGGAGUGACCCCAAUUUUCACUGGCUGAUUGGAGAUAAGCAAGACACUACUGUCCGUGAAAAGACACACUGUGCUUAUGACAGGAUCAUUGUCCACGGACGUGAGAUUAAUUCCUGUAUAGUGCCAGGUUCAGCUCAACCGUUCAACUUUAAAGAGACUUUCCAUCUCACAGAAGAGGAGGCUCUUGAGGUGAGUGAUCACUUUCCUGUAGAAGUGGACCUGAAGCCCAACCACCGCUACCUCCUCCGCAAUGAGCUGUAAGACCAUUCAUGACUAGCAUCAACAAACCAAGAUGUGAUGAUUUUAGCUGUAGUUUUUAUUUGAUAUUAGCUGUUUAAAUAAAUCAAAUGACUUUACUGAUGACAAGUGUUAUUUAUUUGACUCUAACUCAUCACCAAAGUGGCACUGCACUUAUCUCAGUUAUAUAAGACACAAAUAAACACGAGCU